UCAGCUGUGCGGAACAAAACAAACGGUAUGAGGGAAGCAAUUGUAAACAAGGAGGAAAGUUGUUGAUAUUUUUAUAAAAAUUUUCACUGAAACACCAAUGGAAACACCUGAAAAACGAGAUUCAAGUUUCAGCAGCUUAACGCCAGUUAGAACUCCAAGCACGCCUACCACAUCAGCUACUACAAUAGUGUCCAAUCGCCUAGCACAAAUCGUGAAAAAACUCAGCGACAACUGCAAGGAAUGGGAGAGUCAGCAGCAACAUGGGACGGACAUUAUCAAGGCAAUUAUAGUUAACAUUCCCAAGGAUUCCAGCGCGCAAAAUGCAGACCAUUAUACCGCCAGCUUGGAACGGCUCUGUAAACAAUUGCAUGCAUGCGUGGCGAUAUUUCAUGACGUAAACGAAACAACGAAGAAGUGUCUCGAGGAACUACGAGCUCUUUGGGCGUUGAGUGGCCAAAGCAAAGAUGUUCAGUCGAAAUCGUGGAAUUUCGAACAAUAUAUUAAGUGGACAGAGGAGACUGUUGAGGAGUUCCAGGAGAUCUACGAGAUCAAGAAGAUUGUAAUGGAGGAAAUCGCCCACGCCUUCGAGAAAUCUGACCUGGAACUGCACCGGAGCAUCUGGGAAUUCACCGAUCCAUAUUUGAGUCUGCGAUUCAAGUUUCUGGAGGUUGAAAGGACGUGAUAUUUGUCAUUUAUACUCUUAAGUGAAUGGUGCUUUAUAAAUACACAAUCCUAAUAAAAUGAUUUUUAUAA